AUGUCGACCUUCAGUCCAUCACGAAAUAGUCCUGGUAGCUCCAGGCUACAGCUCCAGUUUGGUGGUGUUUCAAGGCUGAGAUCUUCGUCUUUAAAGAAGCCGCCCGAGCUGCUCCGCCGUGCCGUUGCUGAUUGUUUGUCCUCCUCCGCUGUUGUCGCCACUUCUCACCAUGGAACUUCCUCUGUUACUUUGACAGAUGCUUCUAGAACGCUUCGAGAUUAUCUGGCAGCCCCUACAACUACUGACCUGGCUUAUGGUGUAAUUCUAGAACAUACAAUUUCAGAGAGGGAACGCAGUCCGGCAGUAGUUGGAAGAUGUGUGGCACUUUUGAAGCGACACCUUCUACGAUAUAAACCUAGUGAGGAGACAUUAUUUCAGAUUGAUCGGUUUUGUGUGAGCAUAAUUGCUGAGUGUGAUAUUAGCCUAAAACGAAGAUCGUCAACGUGGUCUGGAUCUCUAAAUCAACAAUCUGUUUCAUCAACUUCUACAAAUUAUUCACCUUCUCCUCCUGUAUACAUUUUUGCUUCUGGAGCUCUUGUAAAGUCAUUAAACUAUGUGCGUUCCCUUGUGGGCCAACAUAUUCCAAAGCGAUCUUUCCAACCAGCAGCUUUUGCUGGAGCUCCCUCUGUGUCAAGACAGUCACUUCCAACUCUGUCAUCUUUGUUGAGUAGAUCUUUUAAUUCCCAAUUAAGCUCUGCAAGUGGGGUGGAAUCCUCAGAGAAGAAAGAUGCUACCACUUUACCUGUUUCAAACUUAUCAAAUGUUGAAAAUGCUGAGGUGGCAGAGGAUCUUGAUUACAUUGCGGUUGAUGUUUUGAAGUGGCGUUGGGUUGGGGGACCAUUUCUAUCAACUGAGAGUGAUCGUCCUGUGGAUCUCCAUGACGUGAGCAUAUGCAAAUUCCUAGAAUUAGGUGCUGCUGCUCUACUUGUAGGAGACAUGGAAGCUAAAAUGAAGGGUCAGCCUUGGAAAUAUUUUGGAACAGCUGAUAUGCCUUAUCUUGAUCAACUGUUGCAGCCUUCAUCGGUCACUACAAUUACCAAUUCAGCCUCAGCUCGCCACCACUUGAGAGCAAUAACAGCAUCUAAGCGCAGUAAAGCAGGACCUCGCCAAAUCUGGGAGGAUUCUCCUGUGACCACGUUCCGCCCACGUGCUCGACCACUCUUCCAGUAUCGUCACUACAGUGAACAACAACCUUUACGAUUAAACCCUGCCGAAGUAUGUGAGGUCAUUGCUGCAGUUAGCUCAGAGACAUAUUCUCCUAGUGCCAAUCAUUUGACCAUAUCAUCUAGAUUAAGUAAUAACAGUGGAAAGCCGUCAAUGGAUGUGGCUGUGAGUGUUCUUAUUAAACUUGUCAUUGACAUGUAUGUUUUGGACUCUGGGACAGCUGCUCCUCUCACUCUGUCUAUGCUUGAGGAAAUGCUUAAUUCUUCAAAAGCUGCUUGUAGGGUCCGUGCCUUUGAUUUAAUUCUGAACCUCGGGGUGCAUGCUCUUUUGUUGGAACCAAUGUUGAUCAAUGAUACUUCUACAAUUGAAGAAGAGUAUUCGCAAGAAUCAUUUUUUGACUGUGAAGAACAACUUCCAACAGAGGGGAACCAGAAAGCAGAUUCUGUUAACAAGUUGGGCGCUUCAUCAGCAAUUGAUAACUUUGAGUCAUGGAUUUUAAAUAUUUUAUACGAGAUACUUCUUCUUCUUGUCCAGACAGAGGAGAAGGAAGAAUCUGUUUGGGCUUCUGCUUUAAGCUGUUUACUUUAUUUUGUAUGUGAUAGAGGCAAAAUCUUGAGAAACCGAUUAGAAGGCCUUGACAUAAGGGUAAUUAAAGCCUUAUUAGAGACUAGCAGAAAGAAUUCUUGGGCAGAGUUGGUCCAUAGCAAGCUCAUUUGCAUGUUAACGAACAUGUUUUAUCAAGUUUCUGAUGGGUCUAUGAUGACUGUUUCAAUGAGCCCAGUGUUUCUCAUAGACCAGCUUGACCUGAUUGGGGGAAUUGAGUUUAUUUUCCAUGAGUAUUCUCUGGCUAACUUGAGAGAAGAGAGGAGAAAUCUAUACUUGAUUCUUUUUGACUAUGUGUUGCAUCAAAUAAAUGAAGCAUGCAAAGCUGCUGGGGUGUCUGAAUAUAGUGAUGAUGAGAUUCAACCUAUUGCAACUCUCCUCACUCUUGCUAAUGCACCUGAAGCUCUUUACAUUGCCGUUAAGCUGGGUUUGGAAGGCAUUGGGGAGCUUCUGAGAAGAUCAAUUUCUGCUGCAUUAUCUAGAUAUCCCAAUAAUGAGCGACUAAAUAUGCUCUUGGAGAAUAUUACAGAGAAAUUUAAUGCAAUAAUUAGUUGCUUUACUCAUUUGGACAAAGAGUUCUCUCAUCUGAUUGAAAUAACUCAAUCUUACAAGUUUCUGGAAAACGUAGAGGGUGCAGUUCUAAGAAAUGGUGUUGGCAUGAAAGCAAAAUUAUCAUGGGCCACUUUGCAUUCUCUUAUUCACUCAGAAAGGAUUGCUUACCGUCAGAAUGGCUAUACCUGGUUGGGUGAUUUGCUUAUUGCCGAAAUUACUGAGGGAAGGGACGUAAAUGUGUGGUCAAAUGUCAAAGAAUUGCAGCGGAAAAUUGCCUAUGCUGGUGAACAUGAUUCUUCAGUUGCUUCAGAUGUUCCUUUGUCAAUUCGGCUUUUGUGUGGACUUUUGAAGUCCAAACAUAAUAUCAUCAGAUGGGGUUUCCUGUUUGUAUUAGAGAGACUUCUCAUGCGAUGCAAAUUUUUGUUAGACGAGAAUGAAAUGCAACAACCGACUAGCAGCAAUGCCAGUCACGAGCAUGCAGGUAGCCGACUUGAGAAAGCAAAUGCUGUGAUAGACAUUAUGAGCAAGGCUCUAUCCUUGGUGGCUCAAAUAAACGAAACGGAUCGCAUCAACAUUUUGAAGGUAAUUUGUUGGUCAACUACUACAACAAUUAACCAACCUAAAUAA